AUGGUGUGGGCAUGCCAUUCAACUCCUCUCCUCAACCCGAAACCGAAACCCACCCGGGAAAACUCGGAGGAUGCCCUGCUUAGCUGCUCCGACCUGGCGAGCCAGAAGGGCCCUGUCAACCGAGCCCGAGUCGCAUUGUACGUCCAGCCAAUGGGCUUCUGCACUUCUCUGGAUCCUGUCUGGAUUCUGGAGCUGCCGAGGAGACCCGGUCCGCGCAAACUUCCUGUUCCUCCCAACAGUGCCACAGGUGACCGCGAACAGCACUUCUACAAUGAUGCCACGCCAACUGGCAACAACUUCGUGACUCUCGACGAAUGUCAGAACACGUGCUGGGCCUCCCUGGGCCAGCACUCAGUGAAGUUCCUCGGUGCCUCCAAAGUUCCGUUCUGGCCCUUCACGCCGCCUGAAGUGUGUACUUACCCGGCCGACUCGGGACCCUGCAAGGCGUACAUGCCUCGUUUCUUCUACAACACCGAGAUGAAAAAAUGCGAGCAGUUCAUUUACGGAGGAUGCGGAGGCAACGCCAACAACUUUCUCACCUUCGAUGCCUGCGAGAAGAAGUGUCUGAAGCUCUUUGGCGUCAUUCCUCGCGCCUAA